AUGAAUGGUACGGAAGAAAUUAAUAGCAUAUCAACAAAGAAUAUUUCGACAAAUGAGUUAAAUGAAAAUAUAAAUGGUAGCUUAAAUAAUAAGAAAAGAAAAAAGGCACAAAGAGGAUAUGGAAAUGAUGAUAUAAGUGAUGAUAUAAAUGGUAAUGUGAAUGACAAUAAAAAUGAUAAUAUGGAUGAUAAUAUUAAUGACAAUAUGGAUGAUAAUAUUAAUGACAAUAUGGAUGAUAAUAUUAAUGAUAAUAAUUUAAAAAAAAACAAUGUUGUAAAUAUGAAGGAUUUAUUUUCAAGCGAAAGCGAAAGUUUAAAGGAUGAAGAUGAUAGUAAGGAUUCAUUGGUUGAUUUUAAGAGCCCUAAAAAAAAAAAGUCAUCAGAUAAAGAAAAAAGAGAUAUAAAGAAUAAGAAGAAUGUGAAUAAUAUAGAAAAUGUGAAUAAUUUAGAAGAGAAUGUAUUAAAUAAUUCGACAAGAGAGCAGUUGGAUGAUGACAUAGAAAAUGAUAUAAGUGGUAUGAAUGUAUUAUUAGACGAUGUAGAUUUAGAAAGUUUUUAUGGUAGUACUGGAAAAAUAAUAAAAUUAAGAAUAAGGAAUUUUUUAAAUCAUGAAAAUUUAGAAUUAACAUUUAAUUGUUAUAAAAAUAUAAUAAUUGGAAAAAAUGGUAGAGGUAAAAGUGCAAUUGCACAAGCUGUUGCUGUUGGUUUAGGUAGUCAAGGCAAACAUGCAGGAAGAGAUAUAAAUUUAGCUAACUAUAUAAAAGAUUAUGAUAAGAAUAAAAAGAAUUUAGUAUGUUCUAUAGAAAUAUUUUUAUCAAAUUCAGGAAAUAAUGCUUAUAAACGUGAUAUAUAUGGAGAUGUAAUUGUAAUAAAGAGAAUGUUUUCUUCUCAUUCUAAUAAAUUUUAUUUAUAUGGAUUACAAAAAAAUAUUUACACAUCAGAUAUGACAAGGCAUAUAUUAGAAAAAAAAAAAAAAAGUGAACAUAUAUCCCCCAAUAAAUAUGAAGAUAAUAAUAAUAAUGAUAAUAAUAAUGAUGAUAAUAUUUAUAAUGAUAAUAUUUAUAAUGAUAAUAUAUUGGGUACCAAAAAUAAAAACAAUAAAUUUAAUCAAAAUAAAUAUGUAAGAAAAAAGUCAUUCAUUGAAAAUUAUUUAAAUUUUAUCAAGCUAAAUAUUAAAAGCCCAUGUGUAUAUUUAGAUCAAGAAAAAGGAAAACAAUUUUUUUCAAAUAUUACACCAAAAACAUUAUAUAAAUUUUUUAUGACGUCAGUUGGUUUAAAUAUUGUUGAAGAUGAAAUUGAAAAAGAAGAAGAGCUUUUAAAGAACUGUUUAAUUAAAAUAAAACAAAAAGAAUUAUUAUUAAGUCCAUUUGAAGAAGAAUUAAAAAUAUCACGUGAAAGGAAUAUGUUGUUAGAAAAGAAUUUCAAUAUAUUAUAUUUAUAUGAUUGUAAUUAUAAAAAAAUAAUAUUUUAUGAACUAUUAAAAAAUUGUAUUCUAGAUUUUAAUGAAUAUAUAAAAUAUGAAAGUAUUAAAAAUGAAAAUAUUUUAUAUAGUAUAGAAUUUAAAAUGAAUACUUUAAUAAAUAAAAAUGAAGAUAUAAAAAAUGAACUAAAAGAUGUGUUACAUAAAGAUUAUAAUAUAUAUAAUGAUAUAAUAAAAAAGAAUAUAGAUAAAAUAUUUAAAUAUAAUAAUAUGAUAAAUGAAUUAAGUAAUAUAAAAAUAAAACAUAUACAAAGAAAAGAUGAAAUUCUUAAUUAUCUUAGUUCAUUUGAAAAAGCUAAAGAUAAUAAAAAUAUUGUACAAGAAUAUAUAAAUAAAUAUGAAUCACAAAUUAAUUUAUUAAAAGAAAAAAUUAAAACAGAAAAUGAUAAAGAAGUUGAACUUAUUAACGAAAUUAAUAAUAAAGAAAAUUCAAUAUAUGAAAUGAAUUAUUUAAUAAAUAAGUAUCAACAUAAUAUUGAUGAUAUUAAUAAAAAGAUAAAAUAUAUUUCUAUGCAAUCAAAUAAAUUACAAAAAAUUAAAAAUAAUGAAAUCAAAAAAAAAAUAUAUAUAUAUGGAUAUGAUAUAUAUAAUGUAAGAAAUAAUAUUAUAAAAUAUUUCAAUAUGACAACUAUCAUGUCUGAGAACAAUUCAUAUCAUGAUAAUCUAACAAAGGAUAACACAAAUGAAAAUAAUAAUAUUAAUAAUAAUAAUAAUAAUAAUAUAUUCAUGGAUGAAAAAAAAAAAUAUAAAAACAAUUCUUCACAUAAUAAUAAUAAUAAUUCCUUUUAUUUUAAACAUGAACCUAUAGGUCCAGUAGGUGAAUAUAUAAAAUUAAAGGGACCUGUUGAAAAUACAAAAAUUUUAUCUAUCAUAGAAAAACAUUUAGGUGAUAUAUUUUAUUCAUGGCUUGUCAGUUGUUAUGAAGAUAAAAAUCAUUUAAAUAAAAUGGAUAUAGAAAAUAAGAGUAAAUUUAAUAUAAUCAUAACUAAUGCAUUCGUGCAUGUUAAUCGAGAGAAACUAUUACAAAAUAUAUAUUUUUUAUUAAGUCGUAUCAAAGGUAAUACUAUAUAUUCUUAUUUAGAUAUCGAUUUAUUGCCUACACCUUUAUUAUUUUAUCUAUAUGAUAAUUUUAAAAUAUUACAGACUCUAAUAUGUAAAAAUUCUAAAGAAUUACAAGAAUUAUUGCAUGUGAAUGAUAAAAAAAUUAUAAAGUCUAUAUAUGUCAUCGACGAUUUUGUAUUAGUAAAAAUACUAUCAAAUGAAAGUUUACAUUAUAUUCCUUCAAAGCAGGAAUAUUAUAAAGAUGUUCUUUUUUUAAAAUGGACUAAAGACGAACAGAAAAAGAACAAUAAUAUGGAAAAUGACAAGAAAACACAAAGUGAAAUAAAUAAUAAUGAUCCAAAUAAUAAUAAUAAUAAUAAUAAUAAUAAUAAUAAUAAUAAUAAUGAUGAUGAUGAUGAAGAAAAAAAAAAAAAAAAUCUUCUUGAACAUCUUAAUUUGUUGCAAUCAGAAUUUCAAACAAACGAAGAACAAAUUAAAGAACUAGAAAAAACAAAAAUUCAAAAAGAAGAUGAAAUAUCCAACAUGUCCAAGAAAAUAUUAUCUUAUAAAAAUGUUGUUAAUAGUUUAAACGAAUCAUUAGAAAAAUGUAAAUAUUCUCAAGACGAAUUAAAAUAUGAAUUAAAAAAUUUAGAUGAAUUAAAAGCUAACCAUGAUAAUAUAUUUUCAGAACAAUUAGAUAUUGAAAUAAAAGAUAAAAAUAAUGAUAUUAAAGAAAUUGAUGAAUAUAUAAAAGAUAUAAAUGAAUAUAUUAACAUCUUAGAAAUAAAAAAAGAUAAGGCAUUAAAUAAUAAUAGUUUAUAUAAAUGUUUUAUAUCUACACAUAAGGAAUAUUUAAAAAAAAAAAAAGAAAAUAUUCAAUAUAUAAUAGAAGAAUAUGAUAAUUUGAAAGAAGUAUUAAUUAAAUUAGAAAAAGAUAAACAAAAAAAUGAUGAAAUCGCAUCAAAAAAAAAAAAAAAUUUUAUCAUAUCAAUAAAUAAAUUGAAUAGUAUAUAUGUGGAAUCGAUACGUAACAAUUUUGAUUUGGAUCAAAUAUUUUUGAGAAAUCCAUUUUUAAUAUUGAAGGAUAAAUAUGAAAACUGGACUAUAACAAAUGUAAUCAUAAGGAGAAAAAAAAGGGAGGAUAAUAUAAAGGAUGUUCAUAAAACAAAUGGUGUGAAUAAUUUAAAUGUGGGGGAUAUUAUGAAUUAUGUGAAUAAACCAAAUCAUAAUAAUGAUCACAAUGAUGAUGCUAUAAAAACAAGUUGUAUUUCCAUCGAAGAAAACAAAUUAAAUGAAAAUUAUCAGAUAGAAACUAUUUUUGUCAUUCAUAAAAAUCUAGAAAAUAUAACAAAACAUGAUGAAGAGCAUAUUAAAGUGGAUAUUCCUUUGUCAUGUUUAAAUUCUUUUAAUAAAAUUUUUAUGUCCUCAAAAGGUAUAGAAGAAAAUAUGUUAGAAAACAGCAAAGACAGUUAUAAUAAAAGUGUAAUAAAAGUGGGGAAUAAUAAGGAAGGAGAAAUCGAAGUAUUAAUAGAAUUAGAAGAAUAUGUAAAAAAAAAUAUUGUGAGUAAUGUUUUAAAUGAUAAUAUAAAACAAGUAGAUAAUAUGGAUCAGAAUAAUAGAGAUCCAAAUAAUAUAAGUGAUGAUAAUAAUGAUAAAUAUAAAUAUUCUGAUGAAAAUAAUAAAAUGAUUGAAAAGAAUCAUAGUAUAAUAGAAAGAAAUAUUUUUGAAAAUGAUCCAAUAGAUAUGUUAAAUGAAAAAUAUGAAGAUAUAUUAUGGAAAAAACGAUGUAAUAAAAAAAAAGAAAUAUUAGAAAUAUUAAAAAUGCAUGGAUAUAUAGAAAAAGAAAAUAAUACAGAUAAUAAUUUAAAAGAUUAUUAUAAUAAUUUAAUUGAACAAUAUAUAAAUGAUGAAAAAAGUUUUGAAAAACAAUUAAAACAAAUAUCUGAUUUAAGAAAUAAUUAUGAUAUGCAUUUUUCUAAUAUCACAUUAAGAAAAUCUAAAUUUCUAGAUAUUCUAGAAAAAACAAAAAAUCAAAUCACAUUACAUUUUAAAAAUAUGUUAAAACUUAUGAAUAAUUAUAAAGGAAAAAUUGAAUUUGAUGAUAUAAAUAGAAAUCUAAAAGUCAUGGUAUCAAUUAAUCAGGAUAUUUCAAAUAAUGUUUAUAUGGAAAUUAAUUCUUUAUCAGGAGGAGAAAGAUCAACCAUACAAAUGGCUUUAUUGGCUUCAUUUUCUUUAACAGAAUCUUCUUCAUUUCAUAUUUUUGAUGAAUUAGAUGUAUACAUGGAUGAGCUUACCAGAGUUAAAAAUAUGAGGCUCUUUUGUGACUUUGUUGAAAAGAAUAAUGAUAAACAAUAUUUUUUUAUAACACCUCACAUAGAAAUAACUGAAUUAUUUUUAGGGGAUGCGAAGCAAAAGAAGGCUAAAAUAUUAAACUUAUCUUAA